AUGAGAGAUUUCAGAGAAGUUGUGGAUGAUUGUGGACUACUGGAUUUGGGGUAUGUGGGUAUAAAAUAUACUUGGCGGGGCAAACGUGGCGACGGUAUGGUUUUGGAACGGCUUGACCGAGCUCUAACGACACAAGCUUGGCUUGCAAUGAACCCAGCCACACAGGUGCAAUGUAUUAGAUCAAAUGUCUCUGAUCACUAUCCCAUAAUUGUCAAGCCUGAAGGUAUUGUGGGAAGACAAUGCAAAUUGUUUAGAUUUGAACACAUGUGGCUAACAGAGAGUGGUUGUGGUGAUACUGUUAGGGAGGCUUGGAUGACUCACAUGUCGUACUCGUCCUCUCAGAUAGUGUUGGAGAAAAUAAAGCUUUGUGAGGAAAAGCUAAUGGAGUGGAGCAAACGCUCCUUUGGUAGUGUGAAGAAACAGAUUGAGGAGAAGUCUAAACUCCUAGAAAGGGCAGAAUUUGCGGCGGCACAGGGGGCUGAUUUUGAAGCAGUAUGA